UAUCAUUGUUACGCCUAGAUCUUGCAUCAUGCACAAUUUAUAGAGCUAAAUGACUGAUGUCUAUCUUUGUUUAGCAAUGUAAAUGAAAAUUUAGAUCAAGCUAUUGCAAUUGUUUAGUAGUAUUUCCUCGUUUUUAAGUGGUAUUCAAGUGCUUAUGAUAGUUAAUGGAUAAUUUAUAAAUUGAAUACAUUUUAAACAGUGGAUUUUAUUCUAGUUUCUUUUCAAUGUGACUAUUAUAUGAUUUAUUUGUAACGCAUAAAGUUAAGUCAAAGUAAAGAGAGAUAAAUAAAAGUUUAACUCGACAACGAGGUCUUGUUUGUUUUUUGUUCGGUUUUUGUUUGUAGGUUAAGUAGGAAAAAAGAGUGAAACAUUUUAAGGGAAAACAGUUUUCUUUGGGGGUUAAAAAUCGGAAAACAAUCAAAUGAGAAGUAAAGUAAAACUGUUCAUAAACAACAUUUUGCAAUGUUAUGGAUGUUAAAGUUAUGAGAAAUUGUACAAGAAACGUCGGCUUGAGGCAUCGUUCAAUGGCGAUCAACACAGUUGUCAAUUUUAUCUUUAUUACAGUGUUAAUGAUGUGUUUAACAAAAAUCGUAGACUGUUACUACAUUCAAUCGAACAUAUCCAAACAUGAUCUAUUAGAAGCACUACUCAAUCCUAAUCGUUACGACCCAAGUAUUCCACCAGAGUACAUUACAGAAGAAGGAGCAACCACUAAAGUGAAAAUUCAGCUAACGAUCCAUGAUUUUAUUUCUGAGAAUGAGAAGAAUAUGGAAUUUUCUUGCUUGAUGUACGUGAGGAUGUACUGGACAGACAGCCGCUUGGACUACUCCAACAAUGCGUCAUACUCUAAUCUAAAAGUAAGCGGUUCAUUUAUAUCAAAGGUUUGGGUCCCUGAUAUAUUCUUCACUCAGAACCGUCAAAGUUAUUUUACUGGCGUGAUUGGCAAAAAUGAGUUGAUAUAUAUAGGAAGAUAUGGAAACAUCACGUUCAGUGGAAGGUAUGUUUAAUGAUAAGUUAUAAUGAAUAAUAACAACAUUAUGAAAUCUUUAUUUAUUGUUAAAAAAUUCCAGAAAGCUUUUUC